AUAGGGAAUAGGGUGCUAUUUAGCCGAAGUAGUCUGGCCCAAUGACUUGGCUCUAACAGUUGUCCUCCAUACUGCCAACUACAUGUUGUUCUAACUGGCUGUCCUCUGAACCACACACUUCCAGUUACCGGAAAUAUGAGCAAUUAUUCCCUUUAGUUACCCUCUCUGUUUCUCUUGUUUGAAAGCUGCAAAACACAUUUUAACAACACUCUAGGGGUAACAUUGACAGCGGCUGUUGGGCAGAGGGCUCUGAACAGAUUAAGAGGUUAGAGAUCAGAAGGGUAAAGGUGAAAAAAGGGGGUCGUGGUCACCAUGGUGCGUAAUGUGGACGAUCUGGACUUUUGCCUUGCCUCCCACCCCCAGAGCAUCCUGGAGGGGCUGCGCUCCCUCUGCUGCAACCCCAAACUAGUGGACGUGACUCUGGCCGCGGGCGGCCGCGACUUCCCUUGCCACCGGGCCGUCCUGGCGCUCUGCAGCGUCUACUUCCACUCCAUGUUCUCCGGGGACUUCGUGGAGAGCAUAGCUGCCCGGGUGGAGCUGCACGGUGUGGAUCCUGACGRAAUGGCUUCCAUUCUAGACUUCUGCUACACAGGGAAACUCACCAUCAACCAGGGAAACGUGGAGGGCCUGAUACGCACGUCCAGUCAGCUACAGUUCCAGGCGGUCCGGACUGUGUGCAGCCGUUAUCUCCAGCACCAGAUCGAUGCCACCAACUGCCUGGGGAUCCUGGAGUUCGGGGAGGUACACGGCUGUCCCGAGGUGGUAGCCAAGGCCUGGGGAUUCCUUCUGGAGAACUUUGAUGCCGUACAGCGCUGGGAGGAGUUUCCUCUGCUGGAGAAGGAGAGGUUAGUGGCAUGUCUGUCCAACGAGAGGCUACAGACCAGGACAGAGUGUACCCGUGUGGAGGCAGCCCUGGCCUGGGUGAGACACCGCCAGGAGUCCCGACUCCCCCACCUCCCAGAGCUUCUGGGGCUGACCCGCCUGGCCCUCCUGUCCCCUGACUACCUCACUAACACCCUAAUGAAGGACAGCCUGGUCCUAGCCUCUCUCAGCUGUGUGGAGGUGGUGGAGAGGGUAUGCAGAGAGAAAAUGGAGGUGAAGCCAGGAGAUGUGGUCCAGAMUGGCAGCCCGAGUCCCCAACCCAACCUGGAGGAGGUGUUAUUCGUGAUGGGAGGACGCUCGUUGGACGACUCAGAUGACGAAGACGACGAUGAUGAAGACAGAGAUCCCAGGCUGCUGCCCGGGAACUGUGGCUUCUACAACCCUAAGACACAACAGUGGUAUGAGCUGCCAGUCUUCCCCAACCACAACAAGUACGGAUACUCUGUGGUCUCUCUGAAUAAUGACGUUUAUGUCACAGGGGGCUCGAGGGGUUCCCAAUCCAACACCUGGUCGACCACAGAGACCUGGAAGUACAUAACCAGAGAGGGACGGUGGGUGACGGUGGCUCCCAUGCUCCGGCCCCGGACUAACCACACCUCAGCAGCCCUCAGUGGAGAGAUAUACGUCAUCGGAGGCACUACAAUGGACUUUGUAGACAUUGAGCACUACGACCCAUUUAAUGACACCUGGGCCCGAACAUGUCCUGCAGUGAAAUACGUGACAAACUUCACAGCGACUGCCUGUCAUGGUAAACUAUACGUGAUAGGCUCCUGUGCUGUUAAGUACAACGCCUUGACUCUGCAGUGCUACAAUCCUGUUAUAGAUGGGUGGAGUGUCAUCUGCUCUCCCUUCAUCCCCAAGUACCUGUCCUCUCCUCGCUGUGUCUCAGUGGAGGGGCUCAUCUACCUGAUCGCUGACAACACCAAGAAGGUUUACUGCUACGACCCACUGGCUAACAUGUGGCAGAAGGUCCAGCUGCUGCACAUGCUCCAUGAGAACGGAGAUCUUGUGUCGUUGGACAGUCAUCUCUUUGCAACGGGGGGUCACUGGAAGGGCAUGGAGGGGGACUACGGGGUGGAGGUGGAGGUGUAUAACAGAGCUUCUAACAACUGGAAGGUGGAGUGUUUCCUACCAAGGCUCUGGAUCUACAGCGGCGCCUGUUCUGUCUUCCUGGACCCCUCCCAGUGGUCCGACCCAUUCCCCCUCGAUGAAACCUAAAUGGAACGGUCGGGUCCAUGGCAUGCAGCACUUGAAGUGGAAAGAGGAAGGUGCCAAUACUAAUUUUAGGUGCCGGAAGGCUGCUCAUUUUAGGUACAGAUUUUAACUUAAAAGUACUGGUGUAGUCGACCAUAUUUUAGGGGGGGAAUAUUCUAGAUGUGCAGUCAGCACUUAAAGGCUCAGUGCAGUCAAAAAACAUGAUGUGCCUGUGUUUUAUUUAUAUUUAUUUACACACUCUGAGGAUGGAAU